CGUCGGCCAGUUGCGCUUGCGCUGUCGCACGUCGGCCCCGGUCCUGUGGAGCCGGACCCAUGUGGAAGUUGGUCCCAGCUGGGGGCCCGGACCCAGGAGAACCAUACAGACUUUUGACUGGUGUUGAGUACAUUGUUGGAAGGAAAAACUGUGCCAUUCUAGUUGAAAAUGAUCAGUCAAUCAGUCGAAAUCAUGCUGUGUUAACUGCUAACUUUUCUGUAACCAACCUGAGAGUAGAGUAUGAGCCUUUGGUUGCAUGCUCUUCUUGUUUAGAUGUCUCUGGGAAAACUGCUUUGAAUCAAGCUAUAUUGCAACUUGGAGGAAUUACUGUAAACAACUGGACAGAAGAAUGUACUCAUCUUGUCAUGAUAUCAGUUAAAGUUACCAUUAAAACAAUAUGUGCACUCAUUUGUGGACGUCCAAUUGUAAAGCCAGAAUAUUUUACUGAAUUUCUCAAAGCAGUUCAGUCCAAGAAGCAGCCUCCACAAAUUGAAAGUGUUGUCAUGCUUAAACUAUUUUAUUCUAAUAGGCAGGGUCUUAGACCUAUUCCUGAAGCAGAAAUUGGAUUGGCAGUUAUUUUCAUGACUACAGAGAAUUACUGUGAUCCUGAGGGCCAGCCCAGUGCAGGAUUAAAGACAACUACUCCAGGACCAAGCCUUUCACAAGGCUUGUCAGUCAAUGAAAAACUGAUGCGAAGUGUCCCAGUGAAUACGACAACAUACGUAGCUGACACAGAAUCAGAGCAAGCAGACACAUGGGAAAGGGAUGAAGAAAAUCAAGAAAUGUCUUCAUGCAAAUCAGCAAGAAUAGAAAUGUCUUGCUCUCUUUUAGGACAAACACAACCUACUACAUCCUCAGUAUGGAAAAAUAAGGAGCAGUACCUAUCUCAGAAUGAAUCUAUGGACGAAAAAUCAGAUAACUUAUUUACAGAUACAGAUUUAAAUUCCAAUGUGAAAAAUUCUGCCAAUACAGCUCUUUCUACAGAAAAGCUAAGAUUAAAUAAAAGAAAAGAAAUUGAUGAUUUGGCUAUAGAAGAUGACUUAUUGGAAGAGUUAUUCAAAAACACAAAACCAGAGUUACAAAUUGAAGUGCAAGUUCAAAAACAAGAGGAAGAUGUCACUAUUAGAAAACGGCCAAGGAUGGAUAUAGAAACAAGUGACACUUUUAAUAAUGAAGUCAUACCAGAAAGUAACAAAAUAUCUAGCAAUGACGAUCUUCAGGACAAUAGUGAGACGCUUCCAAGAAAAGUGUUAUUAACUGAAUUUAGAUCACUGGUGGUGAAAAACUCUACUUCCAGAAAUCCAUCUGUUGUAAAUAAUGAUUAUGGCCAACUAAAGAAUUUCAAGAAAUUCAAAAAGAUCACAUUUCCUGGAGCAGGAAAACUUCCACACAUCAUUGGAGGAUCAGAUCUAAUAGCUCAUCAUGCUCGAAAGAAUACAGAAUUAGAAGAAUGGUUAAGGCAGGAAAUGGAGGUACAAAAUCAACAUGCAAAAGAAGAGUCUCUUGCUGAUGAUCUUUUUAGGUAA